AUGAAGUCAUUCAACGUUCAAUUAUUUGGCCUCUUGGCCGCGCUCUCCCCAUUUGCCGCAGCGAGCAUCGGCACCACCACCAUCACCUCGGUCUACACGACAACCGCUGUAACAACGUCCACUUCAACGCUGGCCGACUGUUCAGUGAGCGGCUCGGCUCAAAUUAGCUGCAUUGAUGGGUUCUACAACACCUAUGGCGCAGUAUGGGAAGAGUACUGCGCAGCCUCAGUCAGUGGCGGCUCCCUCAUUUCAAGGAGUGCAGGUCUAUCACUCAGGGCUUGCAUGUCCGGCUGCGCUGUUCGAACCGGAUGUAGCGGUACCUACUGGGAUGCUACCGCUAAGCUUUGCUACCUUAUGACGGGCGAAUUGACCAUCACAGCCGGGGGGCCGUACCAGGCGGCACGCCGAUAUAGCCCGGACUACCAGCCUUGUGAGAGUACGAUCGUCUCGACUGUCGUUGAUACCGUGACCUCCCUUGUUGUGUCGACGUAUAGCAUCACCCCGACGCCAACGCCUGCACCAACGCCCACUCCUGAUCCGGUUUUAUCGUCCUCGACCACCUCUACCUCCUCUAUUUUGUCCCCACCUGCUAGUCCCAGCUCUUCGCCUUCCUCUUCUCGCCCGGUCAUUCCUUCCCGCCCACCAACACUUCCGGUCUCUUCUCACACCCCGACACCAAGCCCUCCCCCCUCCAGUGUGGCAACUACUACUAGCGCCAGUUCCACCACUAUCGAGACUGGCUCUGAAGUUACGCCAGUUCCCGGCACCGAGGGUGACGACGACACCGAGGAUGAUGACUGCACGGAGUAUGACCCUGAGGAUACCGAGAGUUCGACCUCUGCGACCUACCCCGGAGCUACCCAAACCACCUCGUCACAUACACUCCCAGCCACCACAACCGCUCCCUUGACUACAUCUACAGUGACUGUUACUGAGGUCCACACACUAACUGCCUGUCCCUCUUUUGUCCGCGACUGCCCCGCUUCCGAGCAAACCACAUACGUAACCACAGAGACGAUCGACAUCUACACCACUAUCUGCCCAGUUACCGCAACGGAAACCUCUGCCCCUGACGCCCCGAUUACCACACAGGCGCCUCUACCUGGGCACGAGAUGACAAUCUCUACUGUAUACCAAACAUCCAUACACACAAUCAUCGCUUGUCCGCUGUCAGUCCCAGAUUGUCCCGCCCAGCAGCAGACGACGUACCUAUCAACCGAGACGCUGCCUAGCUAUGCGACUGUGACACUUAUCCCCGUGGAGGUGCCCACUGAGACUGCAGUUGACGUUUCAGAGACUGGAACGGGUUCAGGAUCCAAUGGGAUAGAAACUGAAGGUGGACUCCCGGACUCAUCUUCUAGCCAGCAGGCCCAUCCUACUUUUACUACGUCUGUCGCCUCCCGCUCAUCAGCUGCCGUGAUCUCUGCUUCCUCUUCUCACGAGCAGACUGCGUCAGACACCUCUAGUGCCGUGGGAAGCGUAUUUACUGGAGCGGCAUCCGUUCUCCGUUUCCAACCUGGAUAUGCUCAAAUGGCCGCUGGUCUGCUAGGCCUCGCUGCUGCGGCCCUCAUUUAG